AUGGGGAACAGCAAGAGUCACCCCGGACAGGAGUUCUCCUCGCGGUUUCUCCCCGGGGAGCAGGCUGAGGUCAACAGGCUGUUCGAUGCUCUGUCGUCGGAGAAUCUUGGCUCAAGUACCUCGCACAGAUCCUUCUCUCUGCAGGCACUGAAGGCAAGGGGCCAUGUGGGGGACGCUCUUCCCCCAGAGAUGGUCACCAGACUGUUCGAGGGCAUGCAGAGGGUGGACGGCAGCAGGAAGGUGAAGGAGCCCAGCGAGCACAUCUCCCAGAAGCAGUUCACAGUGUCCAUGUCCCACCUGUUGAAAGGAACUGCCGAGGAGAAGAGUCUCAUGCUCCUGAACAUGAUUUCUGCCUCAGGAGGUCCUGUGAAGGCAAGAGAUGUCUACAAGUUUACAGAGGACCUGGUUGGCUCUGUGGUGCACGUGCUAAACUACAGACAGCAGCUGCGAGGCUGGAGUCAGAAGCCACCCCCAGGCUCCCCGUCCAGGGUGCAGGUGCUGGCUGCCCAGCUGUGCUCCGAGAUGAAGCUUCAAGGUGGCGGGAAGCUUCUGGGGCCUCAGUGGCUGGACUGUGACUGUGACGAGGCCGUGCUCGAGGACUGGGUGUUCCGGGCCCACCACGUGGCCACGUUUCUGAGCCUGGUCAUCCACCAGGGCUUCCUCCUCCUGUGCUCGACCCUCGAGCUGGCCACCCUGGUCCCCGAGCGCCAGGUGGACCGGCAGCGGGAGUUUGCCAGCCUCCUGGACGUCCUGUCCGUCAUCUACAUCAACUCACACCUGCCCCAGGAGCGGCGGCUCCGCUGGCGCCUGCUCUUCGCAACUGAGCUCCACGGGAACAGCUUCGCCCAGCUCUGUGGGCACAUCACACACAGGGGGCCCUGCCUGGUGUUGCUUGAGGACCGUGACGGCCACGUGUUUGGGGGCUUUGCCUCCUGCUCCUGGGAAGCCAAGCCUCAGUUUCAAGGGGACAACAGGUGCUUCUUGUUCUCCGUCUCCCCCAGCAUGGCCGUGUACACCUGCACGGGCUACAACAACCACUACAUGUACCUGAAUCAAGGGCGGCAGACUAUCCCCAACGGCCUGGGCAUGGGAGGACAGCAUGGUUACUUUGGGCUGUGGAUCGAUGUCGAUUUCGGGAAAGGACACAGCAAGGCCAAGCCUACGUGCACCACCUACGGCAGCCCUCAGCUGUCGGCCCAGGAGGACUUCCAGUUCCAGAAGUUGGAGGUGUGGGCGGUGGGAGACGCCCCGAAGGCAGAGCCGGCCAGGAAAACUAGGAGCAUUCUGGACGUCGACCCUGAGGCCCGGGCCCUGCUGAGAGUCAGUGGGCGGGGCUGCCACAGCGAAGGGCUCCGGGAGGUCCCUGAUGAGCAGUGA